UCCUUCAAUCCAUCUCUUCUAAACAUUAGCCUUUUGACGAGCUGUAUCUCUACUUCUCCAAUUACAGCCUAGAUCUAGAAUAUGGAUUCAGUCAACCCCGGCCCUGUUAUCGAUGGCAAACCUUCAUCGUCUUUGGAUCAAUCACACAGAGUCCCAGAGCAGUCACAAACUUUGAGCUCUCAACAUGAAGACUUGAAUAACUCAAGCCAGCGAGGAAAUGAAGUCACAAAUGCAUCUCUCGAGAGCCGACCCAAUGGCAUUUUUAUCAUAGAGCCCAAUCACCCGAGAACCCGAGAUUCCUUUGAAGGCGAUAUAGAAAGAUCUAGUGAACUCUUUGACGACAAAGAACGCCAAGAUAGUAGUGCCCUCACAUCUUCCGCCAAUAGUGUAUAUGUCGCGAAGCAAGAGUUAGAACAGCCGCCCUAUCACAUCUUUUCUAUGGCAAAGAAAAGACAGCUUGUGUAUAUAGUAUCUCUUGCAGGCCUGUUCUCUCCCUUAUCAAGUAACAUCUAUUUUCCAGCCUUGAAGGAAAUUUCCACGGAUUUGAAUGUUUCUCUUUCACUGGUCAGUCUAACUGUAACGGUUUAUAUGAUUGUUCAAGGACUUGCUCCGUCAUUCUGGGGGCCAAUCAGUGACACAAAAGGAAGGAGAAUUACAUUCAUGGGCACAUUUAUCGUAUAUCUCGCUUCAAAUAUCGGUCUGGCUCUCAGUGAUAACUUCGCGACCCUCAUGGUCUUCCGCGCAAUACAAGCUGCCGGUAGUGCUGCCACAAUAGCUGUUGGUGCUGGAGUCAUUGGGGAUAUCACUACUCCUAAAGAACGCGGAGGUCUCAUUGGUAUAUUUGGUGGCAUUAGAAUGCUAGGACAAUCUGUGGGCCCAGUCUUCGGAGGAAUUAUAACUCAGUAUCUGGGAUACCGCGCAAUUUUCUGGUUUCUUUUUGGCUUGGGUGCGCUAGCUCUUCUCUUGAUAGUCGCAGUCCUCCCGGAAACGCUUCGAAGUGUGGCUGGGAACGGUUCUAUCAUCCUUAAAGGUAUCCAUCGACCAUUGUUCUACGCACAGCCAUCCACAGAACACUCCUCUCAAGAACUCCCCACAAAGAAGAAUGUUACAGUUUCCUCAGUCAUCGCCCCUCUCAAAUUUUUACUUGAAAAAGAUGUCUUCGUUACACUUUUGUUCGGUGCCAUCAUCUAUACUGUCUGGUCCAUGGUAACAUCCAGUACCACCGCCUUAUUCUCAGAGCACUUCGAUCUCACCAAUUUGGAACUUGGAUUGAUUUUCUUGCCAAAUGGCGCCGGUUGCAUCUGUGGUUCCUACCUCACAGGUUAUCUCAUGGACUACAACUACAAAGUCGUUGAGUCUCGUUACCGUGAACAACACAAUGUUCCGGCUGAUGUUCAUAUCAAGGCCAAUGAACUGCUAGAUUUUCCUAUCGAAGUCGCAAGAAUGAGAAACAUUUGGUGGAUUAUCAUUGUUUUCAUUGUGACCACGGCUCUUUACGGGUACUCGUUAAGCCUCGAAAUUAUUGCUCUUCCACUUGUUCUACAAUUCUUUAUUGCAUACACGGCUACUGCGGUCUUUUCUUCCAACAGCGCCUUGAUCAUCGACCUUUACCCUGGUAAAUCCGCAAGCGCUACUGCUGUAAAUAACCUUAGUAGAUGCUUGUUGGGAGCAGCUGGUGUGGCUGCGGUGCAGCCAAUUAUUGAUGCAUUAGGUUCUGGGGUGACAUUCCUGAUAUUCGCUGGAAUAACUUUUGCGUGUAGUCCAUUGCUAUUGUUAGAGUGGUAUCAUGGAGGAAGAUGGAGGAGGGAAAGAGCCGAAAAGUUGGAGAAAAAGGAAGAGGCCAAACGCGCAACAGACUUGGAGAGAUGAGACGUACGGAUAUAUGUCCCAAACAGCAAUUUAUGCGAUUGGGUCAGGAGAAUUACAUAGAUCACGAAUGGGUAGAAGCGAACAGCUGCCCCUGAUCUUGAGACAUCUGUGGCCUUGCCACCAUCAUUAGAGUGUGUAGGGCUCCGCAUCAUAUGACCAAACCUGCUUAUGGCAACUCAUUGAUGAUGGAAACUUGAAAAUCACAAGUUCUUCGAACACCUGGAGCAGAUCAAAAGAUCAUGCAAAGAGAAGUAGAUCACUCAUCAAGGCUCAAUAAAAUGGCCUUGAUGGGAAUGGGGGAAUAUCGGGUGGUGUUAUAACAUCAUUACAGUCGUUUUAACCCAGAUUAUUAGAUAGAUAAAAAGAUACCAUUACGAAAAUUUCAAUUAUUUAGCCCUAGCUGCUAUCAUAAAUUUUCUGUGUGUUAUGCAGUUAUACUAUCCGAACCUUGGUGAUAACUUCUGCCAAUAUCAUUUACUGUUCAACAUGUAAAAUAGCUAGCAUUAUGUAGUUAGUCAUCA